GGCGAUACGCUCGCUCUCUGGCACGAGAGCGGGAGUCAAGUUUUUUUUCCCGCCAAGGCCAACAGCCGAGGGGUUCACCUGGAUUUCCUUCUGCAAUGGCCGAUAUAUUAGAAGGUUCCCGCGUUCGUGUCAGCGCGAGUCAAUUGUCGCAAUACAUCGGAAAGCCUGUCUGUUUCGUGGGACGCCUUGAAAAGAUUCAUCAAUCUGGGAAAUUCUUCUUUCUAUCUGAUGGAGAAGGAAAAAAUGCAGCAAUUGAGCUAAAUACACCUCUUGAAGAAGAGAUCUCUGGUAUUAUUGAAGUAGUAGGAAGAGUUACAAAUCAAUUGAGUAUCGUAUGUUCAUCAUAUAUACAAUUCAAAGAAGAUAAAAACAUGUUUGAUCUUUCAAUGUACAAUGAAGCUGUAAAAGUUAUCCAUGAAUUUCCUGAAUACUACCCUUUCAGUACUGAUGUAUGACUGAUGCUUAUCUUGAUAUUGUGAGAUCCUUUUAUAUUGUUUAUUGAAGAAAACUAUGAAGAGCGUCCGUGAGGAACAACUUUUUCUAAUUUGUGUGUCUACCAUAUGUCUCAAACUUUUGAAUUUAUAUUUGUUUUCCUAUUAGUGGACUUCAGUGGACAGUAUCUUUAAUGUAAACAUUUUGAGAUACAUAUAUGUAUGUAAAAAAUACUCAAAAGAAGUUUCACUGAGCAAAUCACACUUCUACUACAAUAAAGGCUCAGCCUGACUUGAGUAUGCAAAGCUUGGAAAGAAUGGCAAAGUUGCUUAUCUCCUACAUAUGAA